GAGAGAGAGAGAGAGAGAGAGAGAGAAAGAGUGAGGUAGUGCUAAAGAGAGAGAGCGAGACGGGGGAGAGAGAGAGAGAGAGAGAGCAAGCAAGCCGGCAGAGGCAGAGCGGGAGAGCGAGAGAGAGAGAGCGAGAGCAACUCCUUUCACCUGAAGAUUAGUUUGUUUCGCUCUCGUUCACUCACAGCUUGCGCUGAAGCCUCAGAGGCAGCCGAGCCGCCAGACUCCGCCAGAAGGUGUCAGCCUUUUGAUCGCUCUUCCUCUUCUGAUUAUCCUUCUACACCUCCUUCCGUCCCUCCGUCAUUCUCGUUUUAUUCUUUCAACGCAGAGUGCCCAGAACGCUCCCAUCCGUCCCCCGCCGAUCGCCCCCCGAAGCUACGGAACGGACGGAGAGAGAGAGGAGGAGAGAGAGAGAGAGAGAGAGAGAGAGAGACAGAACGAGAGAGAGACAGAGAGGAGAAGAGACUUACACAGAAAGAAGGGGAGAGAAAAACUUCUGAGGGUCUGAAAACUCCGCGUUUUAAAGGAAGAAGCAGGAGGGCGCUUUUAAAGGGCGACCACUGAUCCAGACGCCGACGCCCACCCGCUUUCCCAUUGGCCCAGAGGUGGACACGCCCCCACCGUCGUCGUUCCCGCCACCGUCCCGUCCCCCCAUCCCCCCCACUCAGCUCUGCGGCAGCAUGGGGGCCAGGUGGGCCCUGGGGGUGGGCCCCUGCGUGUUCGUUUGGGCGCUGGCCACGCACCUCCUGUGGGCGCAGGUGCAGGCGCAGGCCCGGGGUCUGGCGGGACGUCCUGCUGCCGGGGGGGAGAGGGGAGAGCUGCUCCGCAGGGCCAGGAGGGGCUGGGUGUGGAACCAGUUCUUCGUCCUGGAGGAGUACACUGGCCUGGAGCCCCUGUACAUCGGCAAGCUGCACUCGGACAUGGACCGGGGCGACGGCUCCAUACGCUACAUCCUGUCGGGCGAGGGGGCGGGCACCAUGUUCACCAUCGACGACGGCACGGGGGACAUCCACGCCAUCCAGAGGCUGGACCGCGAGGUCAAGGCCCAGUACGUGCUGCGGGCGCAGGCGCUGCACCGGCAGACGGGCCGGCCCCUCGAACCCGAGUCCGAGUUCAUCGUCAAGAUCCAGGACAUCAACGACAACGAGCCCAGGUUCCUGGACGGGCCCUACCAGGCCACGGUGCCCGAGAUGUCUGUCAUAGGUACCUCUGUGAUUCAGCUGACGGCGACGGACGCGGACGACCCCACCUACGGGAACAGCGCCCGGGUGGUGUACAGCGUCCUGCAGGGGCAGCCCUACUUCUCCGUGGAGCCGCGCACAGGCAUCGUCCGAGUCUCCCUGGCCGACAUGGACCGUGAGGUCAGGGAGAACUACACCGUCAUCAUCCAGGCCAAAGACAUGGGGGGUCAGCUGGGGGGGCUGGCGGGCACCACCACCCUCAACAUCACCCUGACGGACGUCAACGACAACCCGCCCAAAUUCGCCCAGAAACUGUACCAGAUGAGUGUUCCUGAGUCGGCCCCGGUGGGCUCGGUGGUGGGCAGAAUCCGGGCGCGGGACAAGGACGAGGGCGUCAACGCCGAGAUGAGGUACACCAUCAUCGACGGGGACGGCCGCGACUCCUUCGACAUCGGCACGGACCCCACCAACCAGUUCGGCAUCAUCACCAUCAAAAAGCGGCUGGACUUCGAGAGCAAGCGGAGCUACACCCUGAAGGUGGAGGGGGCCAACACGCACCUGGACCCCCGCUUCCUCAGCCGGGGCCCCUUCAGCGACGUCACCAUCGUGCACGUCAGCGUGGAGGACGUGGACGAGCCCCCCGAUUUCGACGCGCCCUCCUACCUCGUGGAGGUGCCGGAGGACCUGGAGAUCGGCACCGUCUUCAAGACCGUCUUCGCCCGCGACCCCGACGUGGCCAACAACUCCAUCAGGUACUCCAUCGAGAGGGCCAGUGACCCCGAGAAGCACUUCUACAUCGACAUCACGUCCGGCAUGCUGAUGACGGUGCAGCCGCUGGACCGCGAGGAGCUCGCCUGGCACAACAUCACCGUCCUCGCCAUGGAGAUGAAUAAUCCCUCCCAAAUCGGGAGCGUGUCCGUCACGGUGAGGGUGUUGGACGUGAACGACAACGCGCCCGAGCUGUCGCAGUUCAACGAGGCCUUCCUCUGCGAGAGCGCCAAGGCUGGCCAGCUGAUUCAGACGGUAACGGCUGUGGACCCAGACGAGCCCCUCGGAGGUCAGCACUUCUACUACAGCCUGGCGCCAGAGGCCGCCAACAACCCCAACUUCACCCUCCGGGACAACCAAGAUAACUCGGCGUGGAUCCUGACCCGGCGCGGGGGCUUCUCCCAGCUGGCGCAGAGCGUGUACUACCUGCCCAUCUUCAUCUCGGACGGGGAGCAGCCGGUGCAGACGGGCACGGGCACGCUGACGGUGCGCGUGUGCAGCUGCGACGCCGACGGCAGCGUGCUCUCCUGCGACGCCGAGGCGUACACGCUGCCCGUCAGCCUGAGCCGCGGCGCCCUCAUCGCCAUCCUCGCCUGCAUCUUCGUCCUGCUGGUGAUGAUCCUGCUCAUCCUGUCCCUGCGGAGCCAGCGGAAGAAGCCCUACCUGUCGGACGAGGAGGAGAACGUCCACGAGAACAUCGUGCGCUACGACGACGAGGGCGGCGGCGAGGAGGACACCGAGGCCUUCGACAUCGCCGCCAUGUGGAACCCGCGGGAGGCGGCAGGGGCGGCGGGGGCGGCGCACACGCCCCUGGGCAAGAGCCGGCAGGACAUGCUGCCCGAAAUCGAGAGCCUGUCCCGCUACGUGCCGCAGGCGUGCGUGGGCCGGGGGGGCGGCAGCAGCGUGCACGGCUACGUGCUGGCCAAGCUGCGCGAGGCGGACGGGGACCCCUGCGCGCCGCCCUACGACUCGCUGCAGACCUACGCCUACGAGGGCGCGGGCUCGGUGGCCGGCUCGCUCAGCUCGCUGCAGUCGGCCGGCUCCGGCGCCGACCACGACUACGACUACCUCAGCGACUGGGGGCCGCGCUUCCGCAAGCUGGCCGAGAUGUACGGCGCGCUGGAGGGCGCCAACCCGCUGUGGUAGCCCGAGAACCUGCCGCCGCCGCCGGCCGCCUCCUGCCCCGCCCCCUGCCCCGCCCCCCCCCCGCCCGUUUGGCCCCUCCCACCCCCCCCUCCUUUUUUUUUUACACAGGCCCCGCCCACCGAGCCACAGCCACCUCCUCUACAGCUGUUGGGUGUGGAUUCACCAACUUCCAAUCUCAACUCCCCCCCCCCACCGCAACAUUGUUUCUAUGGAGACCCUAUUAAAUUUUUUUCUAACCGAGAAAACGCAGGGGGAGUGUUGUUGCAGCAGGGGGGCGGAGCGUCGAUGCUUGUCCCGCAGGCCGCAGGGGUGGGCCGUGAACAGGAGCCUUUUCGUUUUUUGGUUUCAGCGCCGUCGCAGACGAACACCCCGAUUUGGGCACGGACCCGUCUCAAAUGGGCCUGUUCAUCUCUCUGGCUCACACCCCAGGGGGGGCUGGCUGGGGGAGCUUCGGGGGAACACAAACUGCGUCUGAGUGAUAGCACUGUGGUUGUGUAUUCCCUCUUUCUUUUCACCGGGUGUUCUUCUUAACUCUCUUAUUUUUUGUUUUUUUUUGCCUUACGUUUCAUUUUGUUCCCAGGGAGAACUGCCACCUCCCGCCCCCCAUUAUAGAAGAGAAACUCAUGUCCAUCCCAAAACACAUUUUCCGCAGAUGCUGUCAUUGAGUCAUUUUUUUCCAAUUCCUGUCUUGUUAUCGUUGAAAAUUGUCAUUCAGAAAAGUUCUGUGUAUUUCCUUGUCUGGCAGUGAUAUUUAUUUAUUCAUGUGCGGUAUUUAUAUUUUAUAUAAAUUAUUGGGGGAAUUUUUAAAAAACUGGACCUCCAUCCAUGGCCUUUUUUGGUGGAAGAACAGGAAAAAUACAUGAUCGAAUUCUGAUAAUGUAUCAUAAAUAUUGUAAUGGUGUAUAACAGAUAUUCAAUUUUUCUCCAUCUAAAUAUAUGCUUUCCCAGCAGUUCUUAUGUCUAACAUCCCUGGGGGAGGAAUUGAAAGUUUGUAAUCCCAAGAGGAUUGAAAGGUUGAUAUGUUUUAUGUAUUUUAGUAAGAAUUUUUCUGAACUCUUUUUUUGAUGCCCAUCUCUGUUUGUCUUGCGAAAAUCCACAUGUUAGAAGAAGCAAAAUAACAGUGACAGGUGACAAACGACCAAUGACAAACAGCAAAAAAGAAAAAAAAAAACCAGCUGAUCCAUCAUCCACAGGACUUUUGAACAACAGCAGCCAUUUUUAUACGCUGUGGGACGGGGUGCAGAGGUUCCUUGCCUUCUCAAAGCCCUGGAAGGAGGCGCUCGGGUUCGAAAUUUUUUAAGAAACGACGACGCGAUCGCAGUGCGGCCCGGUGGAACACAGAUGUCAUUUGGCUCAGCGUUUUGGGAUGUUUGCAAAGUGCCCAAAAGGUGGGGGAUAAUGAUGAGGAGGUAGCACGUGUGAGCAUCGCUCCUCUCUCCCCUUCGAUCACGUCUCGCUCUUUUUUCGGCUAUGAAAGAAAACGUGAAGAAAAUGUAGUGAAAGGGGGAGGGUGCCUUUGCCUUUUUCCAGAAAAAUCGCCCCCCUCCCCAUCCCGCCCCCGAUGCGAUCGGACUAACGAUCGCGAAUCUUCCUCCCGUGCGGCUUUAAAAGACUUUUUUUCGGAAAGAAACUGCUGGUCUGGUCAUCUGCUUAAAGUGCCAAAUUUCAAGAUAACCUUCAGCAUAAGAAAGCCAAAUACGGAGGGAGGCAGAGAAGAGAAACAUCGUCCAUCCGAAGGGAUGGAAUGGACUGAUUAUUCAAAUGGGUGGAACCUACUUGAAAUACAUACAGUACAUGGUGUCAGACAUGUUGAGUGUAAUUGAAUGUACAUAGUUUUUGUAUAUUUGGUAAUAAAAAAAAAUCAAGCACAA